AUGGCCCUUGAAGCUUUGAAUUCUCCAACUGGUACUUCAAAUCCCCAGACGUUUCAAUUUGAGAGAAAAGGUCAGCAGCAGCUUCGGUACCUUGAGAAUUGGACUAAAGGGAAGAGAUCUAAGAGGUCACGGAGUAUGGAUCGCCAGCCGACUGAAGAGGAAUAUUUGGCGCUUUGUUUAAUUAUGCUUGCGCGGAGCGAUGGCUCUGUUAAUCAGGUACGAUCUCUACCACCGCCGGUGCCAGUGAUGAAAAUCCACACGACAUUGGAGAAGAUUGAGGAGAAGAUGUUGUAUAAGUGUUCGGUUUGUGGUAAGGGAUUUAGAUCUUAUCAAGCUUUAGGAGGACAUAAAGCUAGUCAUCAGAAACUCAUCGCCGGUGGCGGCGGAGGAGAUGAUCAGUCAACUACCUCAACUACUACUAACGCUACUGGAAUUACUAGCUCCGGUAACAGUAACGGCAGUGGAAGGACUCAUGAGUGUUUGAUUUGCCACAAGUGUUUUCCUACUGGACAAGCUUUGGGAGGACACAAUCGAUAUCACUACGAUGGCGAUAACGCUAAUAGUAGCGUUAGCACUAGUGUCGGAGUUACGUCGGAGGAGGACGUAGGGUCUACAAUCAGCCACCCUUAUUUUGACUUGAACAUUCGAGCAUUGCCGGAAUUCUGUCCUGGAUUUGGUUCCGGCAAGGAUGAGGUAGAGAGUCCACAUUCGGCGAAGAAAUCUCAGCUAUCUCUACCUCCAAAAUUUGAAAGAGAAAUGAGUAGAGUUGGUGUAGAAUUAAUGGAGAUUGAAAAAGAAGUAACAGAAGAAAUGAGAGAUGGUGAUGAUGAAGUGAAGAGAAUCCUUCCAUGGAAUAAAACAGAUUACAGUACGAGGAAUUGUGAAAUAGGAACGAGACUCGAAAGAUUUGGGUCUUUUAAUUGA